AUUAGGUGGUGACCUCCUGACCGUUACGGUGCAAACCCCACUUACUGCGACGUAAUCAGGACGGACGGACAGCACUCCACGCGGGUCGAGAAGCCUUAAAAGGGAAGGGGAAUCAUCCAUUAGGGGCUAAGAUGGAUCUUGUACUCAGUGCUGCAGAUUAUUAUUUUUUUACACCGUACAUCUAUCCAGCUUCAUGGUCUGAGGAUGACAUCUUCCGACAAACUAUUAGUCUCCUGAUUGUGACAAAUCUUGGUGCUUAUAUCCUUUAUUUCUUCUUUGCAACGCUGAGCUAUUACUUUGUCUAUGAUCAUUCGUUGAUGAAGCAUCCACAAUUUUUAAAGAAUCAAGUCUAUAGAGAAAUUAUGUUUACUGUCCAGUCAUUGCCGUGGAUUAGUAUUCCCACCGUGUUACUAUUCCUGCUGGAGUUGAGAGGUUACAGCAAAUUAUAUGAUGACAUAGGAGAGUUUCCCAGUGGCUGGUUUCGCCUCAUUAUUAGUAUACUGUCCUUCCUCUUUUUCACGGACAUGCUGAUCUACUGGAUUCACAGAGGCCUUCAUCAUAGACUUGUGUAUAAGCGCAUACACAAACCUCAUCAUCUCUGGAAGAUUCCUACUCCAUUUGCAAGUCAUGCUUUUCACCCUGUGGAUGGCUUCCUUCAGAGUCUACCUUACCAUAUAUACCCUUUUAUCUUCCCAUUACACAAAGUGGUUUACUUAAGUUUAUACAUCUUGGUUAAUAUCUGGACAAUUUCCAUUCAUGAUGGUGAUUUCCGUGUUCCCCAAAUCUUAAGGCCAUUUAUUAAUGGCUCAGCCCAUCAUACAGACCACCACAUGUUCUUCGACUAUAACUAUGGACAGUAUUUCACGUUGUGGGAUAGAAUUGGAGGCUCGUUCAAAAAUCCUUCCUCCUUUGAAGGGAAGGGACCACUUAGUUAUGUGAAGAAGAUGACAGAAGAAAAGUGCAACACCCAUACAAAAAAUGGUUGUAAAAAUGAAAAAUUAUUCAGUGGAGAGCUUACAAAGACUGAGUAGAUUAUUGCCCUAUUAUUAAAUAUUAUAAAGUCUUUUUAAUAAGGAAAAAUAAUCUAUAUACAUACUACCAAGAGACAUGGCAAGUAAGUGGUAUUUGAAAGUCCACAUUGUGGGUACUGCUGAGGAAUGAUCAUGAUGGUAGGUCAAGAGAGAAUGCUGUGAACACCUGAAAUUUUAACCUCAUGCUUACAAUACUAGGUGUUGGUCUCAAGGACAAGUUGUGUGUCUCUAGCCAGCAUAUCUGUAAUUUGUAUAGCCUCAACAAUAGUUUUUAUAAGGAUAAAGAAUAAACUAUUGAGGGGACUAGGUUAUGUCCUUUUGCCUUAAUCCACCCAUAUUCAUUAAGGAAAAUACAUUGUGCUUGAUAAUACCAAGACUAAGCAUCAUAACAAAGAACUACUAGUAUAAACAUGAUUCCUUGUUUCAGGAAUGGUUGUCUUCGAUGUUGGUAUAAUGACUACCUAUAGUAUUUUGUACAAGUGGAUACAUCAGUGUGGAAAAAAAAAAUUCUGAUAGAACAUAUUAGCGGCUAAGUUAAAUGACCUAAUUAAUAGCAGGUUUAAUAAGAUUAUCAUCUUAAAGCUUAUUCUCUGGGGAAGCUUAUUCUCUGGGGACAUUGUCAAAUAUUACAUUUUACUGAUGAAAAAAUAAAUUAGAACUUUAAAAAAUUACUCAUGCUACCAUGAGAUUUAAUCCAGAUCUGGGAUUAUUGAAAGACUUUGAUGGUUAUUGUUUUAAACCAUUAUUUAAUAAGUAUAAAAUUAUGUGAGCCUGAAUAUAUUUAGAAAGGGAAAUUUGAUGCCUAAAUAAUAUAUUUGACAAUACUGCUUUUUUAAUUAAAUGGCUGCACUGCACUUUUGAUAUGUUUCAAAGUUACAAUCCUCUAAUUUCCUAUAAAAGGAAGUAAUUGCCAAAUAUUUAGGCCUAUCACUGAAGAUUAGUUUUGAAAUCUUAUUUUCCCUCUUCUCCCUUCACUUUUCCCCACUUUCUGUGUAAAAAGAUUUAACAAAUAGUUUCAUAAAGAAAUGCGUGUUGUAACGUAAAUAUAUUGGAAAAAAUGGUUUGGAAAGGCAUUCUAUAAGCUAUUUAUGUAAAAUCAAUAAAAGUUGAUUACUGUUAUUAAACUGUAUCAGUUAAAUAUUGUAGCAGCACAAAGUAUUCUCUGUACAAAUUUUGUGUCAAUUUGAAACCACAGAAAUUAUGUGGAUUGUCAGAACUUUUAAAUGUCCCAAAUGCUCAUUGUCAAGGGAAGAAAGGGGAUAUCACAUUCUUUUUAUAUUUCAUAUCUUUAUUAGAUUUGAGUGUUUUAGCAAGAGACCAGCCAUAGAAUUUAAUGCUUGGCACCCAGAAGAAAUUUUUUUUUUCUGAGUUACUAUUACACUGUUGUGCUACUUAAACAUUCUAGUGUACCAGUUGGUGGUGUUUUGUAGCUGACAGUCCCAGCCAGUGAUUGUCAUUAGCCUUCCCACCCCUGCAAAAAGAAGGAAAUUAAGAGGCAAACUUUGUUUCCUGUGAUAAUGACAGCUAAUAUUCAAGUUUUCUAUUGUUUCAGUUUUGGUAGUGUAUAUGUUUCUAAGAAUUUAUCCAUUUCUUCCAGGUCGUCCAUGUAUCAUUUUUCAGAACGUUCUCUUAUUUGUAUUUCUGUAGUGUUGGUUACUUCUCUCUUAUUUGUGAUUUUCUUUUGGGGGAUCCUUUCUCCUUUUGGAUGAGUCUGGCUAGAGAUUUAUCAAUUCUAUGAACUUUUUUCAAAGAACCAGCUCCUGGGUUCAUCGAUCUGUUCUAUGGUUUCUUUUAGUUUCUAGAUCAUUUGUUUCUGCUCUAAUCUUUAUUAUUUCCUUCCUUCUGUUGGUUCAGGCUUCAUUUGUUCUUUUUCUAGCUUCUUUAGGUGUAAGUUUAGGUUGUUUGAGAAUUUUCUUGCUUCUUGAGGUAGGCCUGUAUUGCUAUGCACUUCCCUCUUAGGACCACUUUUGCUGCAUUGCAGAGGUUUUGGGCUGUUGUGACUGACAGCUAAUAUUUAUUGAGCUUUUUACUCUUGAUCAGGCACUAUUACAAGCCCUUGACAUGAGGAAACUGGGAUGUAGUUGCAUGACUUUUCUGAGGUUAUUUCUCUCUCACAAAGCCCAGUUUGGAUGUUUCUGGUCAGUGGACAGCUUUCCAUGAUCAUUCUGAGACUAGACUCCUUCCGUCUUGGGGCUACCUGUCUCCAGUCUAGAGUCUUUGUUGAAGGAGCCCACACCAGGAGAGGGAAGAGAAAACGUGGACCAUUUUUGUGGGUCAGGUUGAAAGCCCUUCAUAUCCCUUACCCAUGUUCCUUUGGCCAAAACUUUGUCGAAUGGCCCAUGUCACUGAAAGAGAUUCUGGGAAAUGUGUCUUAAUUGUGCCUGGGAGGAUGGGAAAUGGGAAAACCACUUUCUGGAACAGCUAGCCAAUUUGCCAUGCUCACAUAUUCUUCUCCUUUUGGGGGGUCCCAGUAAAAGCAUUGAAGAGACAAACGAGCCCCCAGAGCAUUUCAAGUUGUCCAUCCGCUGGAUGAUGUCUUGAUGCUCUUAAUUCCAUUACUCCGAGCAUGAGUGUUAUUUUCCUCUAGAUUCUUAGUACUGUGUAAUGAACAGAAAAAAAAAGACAUAAUGUAUAGGGAGAGGAAAGCUUCCUAAAAAAUGUUAGUAACCAUCAAACUAGCCCCUGCCCUCCCACCUUUUUUCUUAAAUUCUAGUCUCAUUGGGCAGUAUUAUGUUUAGUCCUGCAGUGUUUUCAAUACCAUGACUGCACUGUCCCAGUCUCCAUUAGAGGAAUUCAGACAGUAUUCAUGGAAGUGAGGCUCUCAGUUCCUUUCCACAGGAACAUCAAGUGCAUGGCUUUUCCCCUUGACUUGGGAAACUUCUUUAGUUCAAAAACAGAAAGGGAAAGUCAAGAUUACAUUUUCUACUUUUAUGGUAGAAAUUAGGAAAUGGAUGGAGGUGGUACAAGAACACAUUUCAAAAACCUGGAGACUUUUUAUUAGGUACCAUCCUGUUCUUUGCUGUUUCUCUGUCUCCCUGUGUCUACAUGGCGGUGAACUUCCUACUUCUCAUUGUCCUGCCCCACAUUUCUUUAUCUUCCCAUCUUCAAGAAGUCAGGGACAGAUUUGGUAGAGAAUUAUGAGCGCAGGCUUUGAUACACGGAGUCUACAGUGCUGGCGCAUUAAAUAGAGAUGAUGUCUGGGAGGAAAAGGGGACGUAGAGAGACAAAUCACAACAAAGACGUGGGAUUAACCCAGAGAGAAGAAAAGUUUGAGGCCAUGAGAUUGCUGAGGAGAGCGUGAAAAAAAAAGAUACCCAAAGAAAUAAGCCAACUUAAAGGGUAAAGAAAUUUCUUUCCUUGUCUUCCCAACUUCUUCAGAGUCAGGAACCUUGACUGGCAGUCUUAGAUCAGCAGUUACUGUUUUCUUUUCCUCUAACAUUAAGUGCACCCUAUUUAUUCUAGACCCCAGAUUCCUUCAAAGUAGUGACUGUGUGUGAAUUGCCAUUGUAUUGAACUAUGUGUCCUUAAAAGACCUGGCUGAGGAUUGUUAAAUACUUUGCUGAAUGAAUUAAUGGAAGUGUCAUUCUCUUCAGUAAACAUUGAAUGAACCCCUACUGGGUGCCACACACUUGGCACAAGGGGCUGCAAAUAUUUAUUCUGCAGAUACUUCACACUGUCUUUUUAACCAAGAAUUCACUUCUUAUUCAUUCGCUCACAUUUUCAGUGCAUGGGAGGAGUCAGAGGGAAAGUAAAGAGGAAGCAGAUGGGUCCUAACCAAGGAUGGACUAUCCUUUUUUUUUUUUUUUCCCCUCAAAGUCAAGCCUCCACUGGAAACAAAACCCACCAGUACCCUGGAUUCUGACCCUGUAGGAAUCAGUGGUACAAGUACCGAUCAGAGGGUUGAAUGAAAAUGAAUCACAACUACUUAAUGGUGCUCUGGAUACAGAAAGAAGAAAAAAAAAUCUUCAAAAAUUAUUGGUUGAUUACACCAAGAAAUAACAAACCUGGGAGGACAAUCUAUAGCUUCAGCUGGAGUGGAAUUCAUCUCAGAGGAGUUACCCUAACCGCUUUGGAGUUCACCAGUUUUGAGUCCUGGCUCUGCCACUUGCAGAUUGCAUGACCUUGGUUUCUCUGUCUGUAAAUUGAUGAAAAUCCUGCCUACCUAAUAAGAUUAAAUAGGUUAGAAACACUCAAUUAAAUGUCAGCAGAGGCUAUUAUUCAUGUAAAUUGUGCUUAAUGCCUCAGCUUUCGAGGUUCAGUGAUUAUUGUCAUUACACCUAGGAUAGGCCCUCGGUGGAAAUCAAUUGCAGGGAGAAAAAAAGGCCCCUGGGUACUUUCAUCUUCACAUUGUGAAGGGUGAGAGAUGAGGGGCAAACUGAAAUAGGGGGCACAGAGGAGAAUCGUAAGUAAAGCCAAAAUUGACACAUUAUCUCCUGUAAAUUUUCUUCAUAAAGAAUUGUAAGAUAGCUAAGUUAUGUAUUGCCAAAUAAUUUUAUUGUAAAAUGCAUUGCAGUAAACUGUAAGGUCUGUUUACAGGGUUUUGAGGUAAAGUAGAAGAAAACUUAACUUCCCUGGAAAUUAAAUUUCUUAAGAAAGGCAAGAAGGAAGUGUGUGAACUAUACCGUCGAGCUUUACUGUCAAAGCAGAGUUUUGGUAUAGAAAGGACAAUGCUUAUAAAUACUUAAUCUAAGAUACUGCGUUAGAAUACAUUUUCACGGUGUUUCUUAAAUCUAGGCUCGACUUGAUCUUAUUGAAAUGUAAAUAUAGUAAAAUUUGUACAAAAGUAAGAGAAAUUACGUUCUCAGUUCUUUGAUCAACAAUCAGAAGUGUGACUGAUUAAAUGCUCCUAAACACUUGACACUGUUUACAUACUUGACUAAUCCCAUUUUCUUAAACAUUUGAUAAGUCUAACACGCUUGACUCCUCCCCUCCCAAAAGGCACACUUGUGUACUCAGCACAUUUUUCUGAGCUCCUUGGCAACUCAGGAUUCAAAUACAUUUAAGCAUACUUAACCCCAAAAUAGCAUAAUGAUAUCCCAAGUUCAUCGCUCACCUUUAAAAUAUCUGUACUCUAGACUUUCAUUCACUUCUUGUAUCAAGAAGCGAUACAAUCUCUUGUUACCUCUUGAUUUUAAAAUUAUCAUUUUUACACACUAAGCCUCUUCCUCCGAUGGACACUUGGCCUCCUGACGUAUGCUACCCAACAGAAGCAAACAGGAGCCUGGAGACUUAGUGUACAUUCCAAUAUUUGAGAGCAAUUGCUGUGGUGACUUCUGUCCACCCCUUCAUUAGGAUUUUUUUUCUUUUUAAUCUGCAUAAUGGAGGUACAGUCUGCAUACAGUAAAAUGUACUCGUUUUCACUGCAUGGUUCAGUGAGCUGCUACAGAUGUGAGCACUAUGUAAGCAGCACCCCAAGGAAGAUACAGAACGUUUUUCUUCAUCACAAAAAGUUUUUUUUUUUUUUUUUUCAAUCACAAAAAGUUCUAUCUUUGCGAUCUCUCCCCAGCCCUCGGUUACCACUGACCUACUUUCUGUUUCUGGAGCUCAAUUUUGUCCGUUGUAGAACUUCUUAUAAAUUGAACCAGAUAGUGUGUACUCGUGUGUAGGUUUUUUUUUUUUUUAGCUCACAUGUUUUGAAAUUCCUGCUAUUGCAUAUGUCUGUACUUUGUUCCUGUUUGUGUGUGUUUGCUGUUACACUGGCGUGUAUCACGAUUCCUUUAUCCAGGCACCUGCUGAUGGAUAUUUGGGUUAUGUCUAGGUGAGGUUAUUAUGAAUAAAGCUGCCACAAACAAGUGGACAAGUCUGUGUCUAGAUCUA